ACGCAAAGAACUUAACGUUCGUAGUUGCACAAGUCGACCACUGUCCACGGUGACAUUGGAGGAAAGAAGUAAUCAUUUGCACAGGUCAAGAUGGGAUCAGGUGUGUCUUCUGAUGGUGCGCUGACUGUUCGAGCAGAGGCCAUAGAGGCAAUUCCUCCUCAAGGCUGUCCUAUGCACCAAGUCCAGUCUACCAAAGCAUCACCACCUUCAGGAUGUCCUAUGCAUCAAGCUCAGCAUAUCAAAGCAUCUUCUCUUUCAGAGGUCCCGAUAAAAGGUGCAGAGGCAGGUCCAGCCCAUCAGGACCGAGCCUAUGAGUUUGUGGAGUGUCCCAUGAGAGCUGCAGAACCCAAGAAUAGUGACAUUGACCCAGCGAAUAUGAUGCCUCCUCCAAACCAAACGCCAGCUCCAGAUCAGCCCUUUAAACUGUCCAUCUCCAGAGAGGAGUCAAACAUUCCACGUCACGGUGCAGAAAAGAACUGGGUCUACCCAUCAGAGCAGAUGUUCUGGAACGCCAUGCUGCGGAAGGGAUGGCGCUGGCGGGAUGAUGACCUCGCUCCCCACGACAUGACCGACAUUAUUAAAAUCCACAAUCAGAACAAUGAGCAGGCCUGGCAGGAGAUCCUUAAGUGGGAAGCCCUGCAUGCACGUGAGUGUCCUUGUGGGCCCACACUGAAGAGGUUUGGUGGGAAGGCCAAAGAGUUCUCUCCCAGAGCCCGGGUCCGCCACUGGAUGGGCUAUGAACUGCCGUUUGACCGCCAUGACUGGAUCAUUGACCGCUGUGGGAAGGAGGUGCGCUACGUCAUCGACUACUAUGAUGGAGAACUGAACCGUGAAAACUAUCAAUUCUCCAUCCUAGAUGUGCGUCCAGCUUUUGACUCUUUAGACGCUGUGUGGGAUCGCAUGAAGGUGGCCUGGUGGCGUUGGACCUCCUAAGAUUCAUGUGAAUGUCAUAGUCACAUCUAAACAAAGACUGUUGAGGGAUGUUUCUAGAGAAUUGUGAGCCCUGAAAAGAGCAUGAUGUAGUGAGAAAAAGUAAGAUUACUAAGUAUUUUCAGAUGUAAUGUACAACACUGUUUGCUCAUUGACUUUCAUUUUCUGGAAUUGAUGUAAUUAACACAGUGUGUCUGUUCAUCCAAUCUUAGUUGAGUGUUUGUCCCGCAGGUCAGGAUUAAAGCACAGGACUGGGGGAAUGAUUUUGAGUGGAAAUCAUCAUAUCUAAAAAUUGAUGUCUUACAGAACAUCCUGAAAUUAUAUGGAACAGUUUCAAAUCCCUGUAGUUCUUCACCAUUCAGUUUUAUUUAUCUUAUUUGAUUGGUUUUGAUGUGAGGAACUGUUUAGUUUUCUUACUCGUUGACACUGUGCUCUGUUUCUGUACUGAUUGUCUGUUGUACUGGUUCAGUCAAAUCAAUAAAGCUGGUUCUGAUCUGCUCCUGAA